UGAUGCUGAGUUGUAUUAUGUGCGGAAUGAUGUUAUUAGUCACUGUGCGCUCCCUUUUAAAUUACUCGUACCAGGGGAGACCAACAGUCUUCACUUUACUUGGCAUGCUAAAUCCAAGGUUGAAUACAGAUUGGGCUUUCAGGUGGAUGACCCAGCAGCCAUGCAUAUGCCUCAGACUAACAUCUCUGUACAAGGGGAGGUUCCACGCACUGUAUCAGUAUUUAGAGUGGAUCUUUUAUGCACAGGAAAAUUGGAUUCAGAGGUCACCAUGGAAAUGCAGCUUAACCUAACUAUUAACUCUGCAAAGAACAUUACAGUUCUGAACUUCAAAAGGAGGAAAAUGUGCUACAAAAGACCUGAACAGGAAGAGAAAAAAUCCAUUUACCCAGGCAGAAACAACAGCAAAGGUGGAAGAACUGCAUUUGAUACAGUACACAUAGCUCCCACUACCUCCACCCGUGUAUUCUACAUCAGCGUUGGAGUGUGUUGUGCAGUCAUAUUCUUGGUGGCAAUAAUAUUAGCUGUCUUACACCUGCAUAGCAUGAAAAGAGUGGAAAUUGAUGAUAGUAUGAGUGAGAGUGGAAGCACACAGGGCCUGUCACAGCCCUCCACACAGACCACGCAGUACUUGAGAGCAGACACACCCAACAAUGCAACAUCCGUCACCAGAAGUGAUCUGAAGGAACUUCCUGGGUGCAAUCCUGAAGAAGAAAGACAAAAUGGUAUCACCCAAGUUUCAAAAAAGUCAGGUUAUCCAACACUCCGGAUAGAAAAAAAUGAUCUUAAAAGUGUCACACUAGCAGAGGCAAAAGCUAAAGUGAAGGACAUAGCGAUCUCCAGAGAGAGGGUAACUCUCAAAGAUGUUCUUCAGGAAGGUACAUUUGGUCGUAUCUUUCUUGGGAUUUUAGUUGAUGAGAAAGAUCCAAGUAAAGAAAAGUAUGUGUUUGCUAAAACAGUAAAAGACCAUGCUUCGGAAGUUCAAGUAACUAUGAUGUUGACAGAGAGCUGCAAGUUGCGAGGACUCCAUCACAGAAACCUUUUGCCCAUCAGUCACGUUUGCAUAGAGGAUGGGGAGAGGCCCAUGGUAUUGCUGCCCUACAUGAAUUGGGGAAAUCUAAAGCUCUUCCUUCGACAAUGCAAGCUUGCUGAAGCCAACAAUCCACAGGCAAUAUCACAGCAGGACCUUGUACAUAUGGCCAUUCAGAUCGCCUGUGGGAUGAGCUACUUGGCAAGGAGAGAAGUUAUUCAUAAGGACCUAGCUACAAGAAAUUGUGUCAUUGAUGAUGGUCUUCAGGUAAAGAUUGCAGACAAUGCUCUCUCCAGGGAUCUUUUCCCUAUGGAUUACCACUGCUUAGGAGACAAUGAAAAUAGACCUGUUCGAUGGAUGGCACUGGAAAGCCUUGUCAAUAGUGAAUUUUCAAGUGCGAGUGACGUGUGGGCAUUUGGUGUUACACUGUGGGAACUAAUGACUCUGGGACAGACACCAUAUGUCGAUAUUGAUCCUUUUGAGAUGGCUGCAUAUCUAAAGGACGGAUACAGAAUAGCCCAGCCAAUCAACUGCCCAGAUGAAUUAUUUGCGGUGAUGGCCUGCUGUUGGGCCUUGGAUCGGGAGGAGAGGCCCAAGUUUCAGCAGCUGGUUCAGUGUCUCACCGAAUUUCACGCAGCCUUAGGUGCCUAUGUCUGAAAUUAUGGGUUUCACUACAUGUGAACUCUUCAACACGAACAACAGAUUUAAUCAUAGAAAUUAAGGAAAAUAGAGGAGAUAAUUCUUCUGAAAAAGUGUGCCUUGAAAUGCUUUCAUCAUUUGUUUUGUAAACUAUCUUGAUAAUGCGAGUUCUCAUACAUAAUAGCACAGCAGCAUGUUUGCCUGAACGAGUGAGUGAUUGAAAUUCCUGGAGCACCCAAAUGUAAAGAAUUGGAAAGGGCAGAUAUCGGGAACAUUGCACUGCAUUCCUUAGCUUUAUUGCCUUAUUUCUUUGGGAAAUGGGAUUUUCAAGACUGUGAAACGUAUUUGGACAAGGUUUUGAAUGUCUGCUUCUCCUUUUUGGUACUACCAAGGUGUUGCUGAAGUUGUGAAUAAUUUAAAUACUUCACUGCAGUAAAGCUUUGGUUUAUUCUUGAGAAUCCAGGUUCAUUCCUGUGUCUUGUGAAAUCCUAAGCCUCUAUGCACUUCCAAACAGUUAUUUUCCUUCUAUGCGGCAACUUGAGGUACUUGCUUGGCAGUGGGACAUGAAGCUUUUGCUCUUAUCUCAACACUAGGUACGUGGGGAGUAAUUUUACAUUUUAGCACUUCCUGCCACAGUAAAUUCUCCUCUUUCCUGUCCAACCAAUUACUGCAUGGAAACCCAACUAACAGCUGUGUGGAAGAUUUUUUUUCGGUACGAGGUGGUUGGGAUCAAGAGGUUCAAAACCUUGUUUUGUAAAUCCAAACUUUGUAUAUAUUUUUCAAAAUUCAAUUGUUGACUAUUUCUAGUUGCCAACUAAUGUUCAUCUUUGUAUAAUGUAAAAUGCAGAGGAUAUGAUUAAUAAAGCAGAGAAAACCUAC